AUGGCAACCAUUCAACGAGGAGGAUCGGAAACUCACGCAUUUCCAGUUGCCGCCGACGAAGAAUUUCCUGGCCAUGGCUUCUUCUUUGGGUUGAUGGCGAUGAAUUGCUCGACAAGAAACAUGAGUAGGGUUACGUUAAUGGCUGGCUGUGAGCCCUUCGUUAAUUGCGGAUCACGAAAUGUGCGAUUGGUCGAUAAUGCCCUUGGGCCUCGAGACGGUGAAAUAACGGCAUCCAUCGAGGCGCACAUUGCCGGAGUCAACGGCACGAGUGUCGUGGAAAUUUGGACAGUACAGCAUGUUUGUUUAAGAGUUCUCUGCGGCCGGAUUUCCAUGUUGCAGCUCAAAAUUGUUGGGUUAAGAAAGGGGGUGCUUUCACUGGUGAGAUUAGGUAAGGCUUCAUACAAAGUCUUCCAGGAUGCUUGUAAUCUGGACAUACCUUGGGUAAUUCUUGGUCACUCUGAACGUAGAGCUUUGUUGGGUGAAACAAGUGAGUUUGUUGGAGAUAAAGUUGCAUAUGCCCUUGCUCAAGAAGAAGCAGGAUCUACUUUGGAUGUUGUUGCUGCACAAACUAAGGCCAUAGCAGAGCGUAUUUCUGAUUGGACAAAUGUUGUCCUGGCUUACGAGCCUGUUUGGGCUAUUGGAACCGGUAAGGUGGCCACUCCUGCACAAGCUCAAGGAGCUCCUUCUUAUCGCCAGAAUAUGGUGGUCUUAUCCCAGCCCGUACCCGAAAACUUGGCCCAGUUCGAGACAUGCAAGCCCGACCCACACAUUUUAACCGACCUCCCAAUUGUAGACCUUUCAGACAAAAACAGCCAGAAGCCCAUAAUGGAAGCCUGCAAGGGUUUAGGGUUCUUCAAGGUGGUCAACCAUGGCGUCUCACUGGAGUUUCUGAACAGAUUUGAAGCCGAGGCCUUGGGCUUUUUCAAUCUGCCCCAAGAGGCUAAGGAGAAUUUGGGCCUGCGCAAACCUCUUGGGUACGGUAACAAGAGAAUUGGGCCCAACGGCGAUGUGGGCUGGGUCGAGUACCUUCUCCUACAAAAUUCCGCAAAUGCCCCUACUCCAGGAAUUCCAGAAACUUUGCGGGGAUUUAUCAACGAGUACGUAGAGGAGGUGAAGCGCAUGACGUGUUGGGUGCUGGACCUGAUAGCCGAUGGGCUUCAGACUGGGCCCAACAGGGACGCUCUGAGUCGACUCGUCCGAGACGAGCGGAGCGACUCGCUGCUGAGGCUGAACUACUACCCGCCCUGCCCGGACCUCCACGCGCUGACCGGCCGGGACUUGAUCGGGUUCGGGGCCCACACCGACCCGCAAAUAAUGUCCGUAUUAAGGUCCACCAACACUUCGGGCCUGCAGAUCUGCCUCAGGGACGGCUCGUGGGCCGCCGUCCCACCCGAUCACACCUCCUUCUACUUCAUCGUAGGGGAUUCUCUGCAGGUUAUGACUAAUGGGAGGUUUAGGAGCGUGAGGCACAGAGUGUUGGCCAAUAGCCUGAAGCCGAGGCUGUCAAUGAUAUACUUUGGGGGCCCACCGGCGAGUGAGAAAAUUACGCCUUUGCCCUCGGUAAUGGAAGAAGGCGAAGAGAGCUUGUACGAGGAAUUCACUUGGUCCGAGUACAAGGAAUCGGUAUACAAGACUCGGUUGGCUGACGAUAGGCUCGGGUUUUUUCAAAAAACUAAACCGAUUAUAUGAUCGAUAUUCUCGAAAUAUAUAUAUAUAUAUUAACAAAAAAAGUGAGUUCAUUCCAAAUAGGUUGUGACUUGGCUUUUUAUUUUAUUUUUUAUUUUUUUUCNAGUUUUGUGUAAUAUAAUUAUAUAAAUGUAAUAACUUGGCUUAUAUGGCAUGAAUAAUAUGUUAUGUGUGCAUGUUGUGGUUCAUCGUUACAUUCAUUAAUGGCCAACUUUAAGUAAU